CGGCCGGUUCCCAUUCCCCUACACGCCGUACCGCAUCCAGGAGCAGUUCAUGGAGGCGCUGUACGGCGUGCUGGAGGCCGGCCAGGUCGGCAUCUUCGAGAGCCCCACGGGCACGGGAAAAUCCCUGAGCCUCAUCUGCGGGGCCCUCUCGUGGCUGCGGGACUUGGAGAAGAGGAAGCGGCAGGAGGAGGCGAGGCUCCUGCAGGGGCUGAGCCCGGCGGAGCUGGGACACGCGGGAAGCACCAGUACGGCCGGGGAACCGGACUGGGUGACGGCGUUCGUACAGAGGAAGGAGGAGCGGGACAAGGUGGACAGGCUAAAGGAAGAGCAGAUCAGGAGGAAAAAGCGAGAAGAUCAUCUCCAGAAAAUUCGCAGUAACGUGCAGUUAAAAUAUGCAGCAAAGAGGAAGAGAUCCGAGGAGGAUGAGACAAAGCACCUUCUUCAGCUGAGCAAGGAGGCUCUGUCACAGGGAGCAGGAGCGGAUGUUCUGGACCAGCUGGAUCACAAUGAGGAGGAGCUGAUUCUUGCUGAAUAUGAGAGUGAUGAAGAAAAGAAGGUGGUGUCUGGGCUGGAAGAAGAUGAUGAUGAUGAUUUGGAAGAGGAGCACGUGACUAAGAUUUACUACUGCAGCCGCACUCACUCACAGCUCUCCCAGUUUGUGCACGAGGUCCAAAAAAGUCCUUUUGGCAAAGAUACACGUCUGGUCUCCUUGGGAUCCAGGCAGAACCUGUGUGUGAAUGAGGAGGUGCGACGCUUGGGUGCUCUCCAGCUCAUCAAUGACCGCUGCAUGGAGAUGCAAAAGAACAAACAUGAAAAGAAGAGUGAUGAAGAGAAUGAGGGGAAGAAGAGACGUGUGAGCCGUGCUGUGUGCCCAUUUUAUUCCUAUGAGCAAAUGCAGUUUCUCCGCGAUGAAGUUCUAGUGGAAGUGAAAGACAUUGAGCAGCUGGUGUCUUUGGGAAGGGAGACCAAAGCCUGUCCAUACUAUGGGAGUCGAUAUGCCAUUCCUGCUGCUCAGUUGGUGGUGCUGCCCUACCAGAUGCUCUUGCACGAGCCUACCAGGAGCGCUGCGGGGAUCAAGCUGAAGGACCAGGUCGUGAUCAUUGACGAGGCCCACAACCUCAUAGACACCAUCACCUGUAUCCACAGUGCGGAGGUCAGCGGCUCUCAGCUGUGCUGUGCCCACUCCCAGCUGUCCCAGUACAUGGAGCGAUACAGGAAACGUUUGAAGGCAAAGAACUUGAUGUACAUUAAGCAGAUCCUGUAUUUACUGGAGCAGUUUGUGGCCAUGCUGGGAGGUAACGUGAAUCAGAAUCCUGGCUGUCAGACAGUUUCCCAAACAGGGACAGUGCUGAAAUCCAUCAAUGACUUUCUAUUUCAGAGCCAGAUUGACAAUAUAAACCUCUUCAAGGUUCAGCGUUACUGUGAGAAGAGCCUCAUCAGCAGGAAGCUUUUUGGGUUUAUGGAGCGAUAUGGAGGCUCUGCCACAGCUGUGAAAAACAACAAGGAGAACCAGAAGCUGGCUGGUUUGCAGAACUUUCUCCUGACCCUUCAGCAGGGAUCUGAUAAGGAGGCAGGUACCGCCCAGAGCCCUCCCGUGGAGGCUGAGAACAACCAGCUCCAAGCUGCCUCUCCACUGAUGCAGAUUGAACGGUUUCUGUCGGCCCUCACAAAUGCAAACCAAGAUGGCAGAGUCAUUCUCAACAGACAAGGCACAGUUGGUCAAAGCAGUCUCAAAUUCCUCCUGCUGAAUCCAGCUGUCCAUUUUGCCAAGGUGGUGGAAGAAUGCCGUGCUGUAAUCAUUGCUGGAGGCACCAUGCAGCCGGUGGCUGAUUUCCGAGAGCAGCUGCUGUCCUGUGCUGGUGUGGACCCUGCACGUGUCCUGGAGUUCUCUUGUGGACAUGUGAUUCCUCCAGAAAACAUCCUACCCAUAAUCCUCUGCAAUGGUCCUUCCAACCAGCAGCUGGAAUUCACCUACCAGACAAGAGACCUGCCCCAGAUGAUGGAUGAGACAGGUCGGAUCCUUUGCAACCUGUGCAACGUGAUCCCAGGAGGUGUGGUGUGCUUCUUCCCCUCCUAUGAAUAUGAGAAGCAGGUGUACACACACUGGGAGAAGAUGGGACUGCUCACCCGCCUGGCAACUAAGAAGAAGAUCUUUCAGGAGCCUAAGAAAGCCAACCAGGUGGAGCAGGUGCUGGUGGAAUAUGCCAAGUGCAUAAAGCGCUGCAGCCAGGCAGGAGGACAGAUGACAGGGGCUCUGCUGCUUUCUGUAGUUGGAGGCAAAAUGAGUGAAGGGAUCAACUUCUCGGAUGACCUGGGAAGGUGUGUGAUUAUGGUGGGAAUGCCCUACCCCAACAUUAAAUCUCCAGAGCUUCAGGAAAAAAUGGCUUGGCUUGACAAAACAAUGCCCAGAGCUGCUGGCCAGGCACCUAGCAGAGUGCUGAUUGAAAACCUGUGCAUGAAGGCAGUAAACCAGUCGAUAGGCAGAGCCAUUCGCCACCAGAAGGACUUUGCAAGCAUCCUGCUCCUGGACCACAGGUACGCACGGCCUGCCAUCUUUAACAAGCUGCCACAGUGGAUCAGGGAGAGAACCCAGGUGAAACCUGCCUUUGGAUCAGCAUUUGCAGAAUUAAGAAAGUUCCAUCGAGGGAAGUUGGAUGCUUUGUGACAUGGGCCAGAGAACAGACGGUAUUCACCUCUGUGAGUUACACCUCUGAAAAAUGGGUGAAGCAACACAAGUUUCUGGUUUUCUGUACAUGGACUUUGUAAAUCUCUGCCUUCUGCCUCCUUUGUGGAUGUUUGCUGUUCAGUAUCUGAGCACUACAACGGUGAGACAGCCUUCAGCACCAUAACCAGGAGGGAAACUGGCUGUAGGUCUGAGGCAGGUGAAGGGAGUAGCAGCAGGCUUCUAUUUGUUUACAGCUGUUAAGGUUUUAUUUAAAUUGAUUAAAUAC